CAGCACCGUUCCCAGCGAGAGGAUUAAGUUCCUGCGCUCACUUUUUUCUUGUGAUCCGGCGUUCCCAAAAAAUCUUUCACCGUGGAUACCUUAGCAUUGCCACUCGGUGGACUCUCUCAUGUUAGGAUGGCUCUGGCCAGAUUGCCGGUAGUUAGUGACUGUCCGGCAGGUCAAACUGCUAGAGUUACAUCAAACCUGCACUCAUCCAGUAGCACCAUGGCAAACAGCAGGGUGCCCUCGCCCCCGCUGCCGGAAGUAAACACACCGGUGGCGGAAAAUUGGUGUUACACUCAGGUCAAAGUGGUCAAAUUCAGCUACAUGUGGACGAUCAACAAUUUCAGCUUCUGCCGGGAAGAGAUGGGCGAGGUGUUGAAAUCUUCCACAUUCUCUGCGGGUGCUAAUGACAAACUAAAAUGGUGCUUGCGCGUCAAUCCGAAAGGUCUCGACGAAGAAAGCAAAGACUAUCUCUCCCUCUACCUGUUGCUGGUGUCCUGCAAUAAAUCGGAAGUGCGGGCAAAGUUCAAAUUCUCGAUCCUAAAUGCCAAACGGGAGGAAACGAAGGCGAUGGAAUCGCAGCGGGCGUACCGGUUCGUGCAGGGCAAGGACUGGGGCUUCAAGAAGUUCAUCCGCCGGGAUUUCCUGCUCGACGAAGCGAACGGGUUGCUACCGGAGGACAAGCUAACGAUAUUCUGCGAGGUCAGCGUGGUGGCCGACAGUGUGAACAUUUCCGGCCAGAGCAACAUCAUCCAAUUCAAAGUGCCAGAAUGUAAGCUGUCCGAGGAUCUGGGGACACUGUUCGACAACGAAAAGUUUAGCGACGUCACCCUGGCGGUCGGCGGUCGGGAGUUCCAGGUGCACAAAGCAAUCCUAGCCGCACGCAGCCCCGUGUUUGCCGCAAUGUUCGAGCACGAGAUGGAGGAGCGAAAGCAGAACCGGGUCGCCAUCACCGACGUGGACCACGAAGUAUUAAAAGAGAUGCUACGGUUUAUCUACACCGGGAAGGCGCCCAACCUGGACAAGAUGGCGGACGAUUUGUUGGCGGCGGCCGACAAGUACGCGCUGGACAAGCUGAAGGUGAUGUGCGAGGAAGCGCUCUGUGUUAAUCUGUCGGUCGAGACCGCGGCCGACACGCUCAUUCUGGCCGAUCUCCACAGCGCCGACCAGUUGAAGGCCCAAACGAUAGACUUCAUCAACACCAGUCAUGCGUCCGACGUGGUGGAAACGGUCGGCUGGAAGAACAUGGUGACGACGCAUCCGCACCUGCUGAACGAAGCCUACCGGGCGCUGGCGACCCAGCAGAUACCACCGAUUGGUCCACCGCGCAAGCGGGUGAAAAUGAGCUGAAAUAAAAUGUUGACAUCCGUAAAUGCCGUGAUGUCAACAUCGCCGUCACCCCCACCAGCUGCGCUCCCGAUUCCUACGAUCCAGCCACAACAGCAGCCCGCCUCUGUAUCGUCGUCUUCGUCACCGCCACCAUCGUUGUCAUCCGGAAUCAUCAGCACCACCACCACCACCGCGUCAUUGACGGCAAUGGCAGCCGCCGCCGCAGCAGCAGCAGCAGCAUCACUAUCAUCGACAUUGGUUUCUCCUACGUCCUCGGCAGCAGCACCGGCACUAGCAGCAGCACUGAUGAUGUCCUCGCCAUCAUCACCACCAUCUACGUCUCCGUUGCUACUGCAGCAACAGCAGCCGGGCAUUUUUGGGCUGCGAGCCUCAAGAGGAGGCAGAUCGUCGUCUCCGUCUUCUUCAUCGCCGGCUCGCAGCACAUCGGCCGGCAACUGGCAGCAACAACCACAGCCACUCUCCUUAUCGGCACAUCCAUCACCUAACGUAGUGCA